GCCGGUCUCGUGUGGAGGUAUUUUCCAUCGGCGCUGCGCAUUAAGAGAAGGAAACGCUUUCCGACAGGGGAACACUUUUCGGUACAACAACGGAAACCGUAGUAAAACGGUGUGCGAGUCUCAGUUUCUGAUCGGAAAAGGCUGUCUGCCGACAGGUGCGGCUGCUAUCCUGUACUUCAAAACACAAGCGUCAAAGAGUGUGUGGGACAAUGUGCAAAACAGAAGGAGGGAAUAUGCCACAAAAAGACAGAGCCACCAUGGACACCGGGAGCCCCAGGAAGAUACAGUUCACUGUCCCCCUACUGGACACCCACCUGGACCCGGAGGCAGCAGAGCAGAUCAGAAGACGCAGACCCACACCUGCAACUUUAGUGGCAUCCAGUGAUCAGUCAUCACCUGAGAUAGAUGAAGAUCGUCUCCCAAACCAGUUGUACAAGGCAGCCUUGUUGAACUCCCCUCGACAAAGGCGAAAAGGACAAAAGGGGACACCUACAAUGAAAGAGCUGCAGUUCAUGGUAGAGCACCACCUGUACAGGCAGCAGCAGGGAGCCGGGGACGAGUGCUCCUCAGAGAGCUGCCUGUCAGACCGUCCCAGCCCCGACUCUGUUCCCACUGGGGAGGAGCUCCCACACGACGAUGAGGCCACUGCAGAGGCCUUUGAGAAACUGCGCUGCCAAAUGGAGGAGUUCUCCAGGGAGAGUCUAGAAGCAGCUGGUGGACUCGAGUGCCCCCUCUCCAAGGAGAAGGCUGAUUGUUCCGGUGUUGCCAACGUAGCAGAUCCCUCAUCGCAACAGAACAACGAACAAGCAGACACAAAAGCAGCAGCAUUCAGCCCGAGUCAGCCUGCAGAGGAGAAAACAAAGAAAUGCAGCCUGGAGACAGAGAAAUAGAGCGGUUGUCUUCUGUACAACACAAAGCUGCUCAAUCUGCUCAGCCAGCCCAGCACAAUGACAGAGGAUUGUGUCUGCAGAUCCACUUUUUAGAUACAUCAGGGCAUCUAUGUUCCUCUACAGUCAGGCCUUAGUUACCACCUUGAGAACAAGAACAAAGCUUUCUACACUUAUUUUGUGUCAAAAAUCCUGUGCAAAUUAUUUAAUUAUGAUUAUAUUGGUUUUCUAUAGCUUCUCCAGCACUAAACUAAAACUUAAACUAGCUAACUGUAUCUAGCGAAUGGGAAAGAGUCUUUUCCUGUUUCAGUCACGCAAUCAUUAUCAUAAUCUACCACCACUCACAUGCAUAAUGCCCCCUUUAUUGUUCAAAGGUAAUAAAUAUUCUCCAUGCAACCAUUUUCAUCAUUAAACAUGUGCCAUGACUCCUGCAAUCAUCGUUCCAUCUCAGAGCAAUAAAAAUGUAUUUGUACCUCAUAAAUAACUGGGACCCAAACUGCCACUUCUAAAAUCAAAUGCCAUUAUUUUAGUGAGUUUGAUGCUGAAUCCGAAAUGAUUGGGUAGCACAUCUGGGUUGAUUGACAGUUUUAAAUGAAAAAAUAUAUUGAUUUUUGUUAACACUGGAUUGGACAUUUACAAAAACUUUCAUAAAGUAUAACUGAAAUAAAAUCGCAUGAUAUUUUUCUACAAUAGCAUAUAAAGCUGCAAUGGCUAGUCAUUGACAGAAAAUUUCUUUCCAACUAUUCGGGUUAUCCAUUAAUCCAUUAAGUCGUCUUUUUAAAGAAUAAAUGUCAUGAUUCUCUGAUUUCAGCUUCUCUACCAUGAGGGUUUUCUGGUUUCCUUCGUCUUCUAAUAUUAGAGACAGAAUAUUUCGUUUUUUUUAACUUUUGG